GUAAAACUAGACUCCAUGGUGGAAAUCCAAUAGGGAGUGAACGAAAGGGUUGGAGGGUGGCUGUGUUUGGCAUUGGAGGUCCGCCGCGGGGAGUAAGCGCCGCGCUGCCUGCGUGUCACCAGCUGAGGGAGCCACACAGCCCCGCCUCUUGGGAUGUGCCGCCAGGGGAAGCGACACUAUGAGCUGGUUUGAUGCUGCCGGAUUCACCUCCCUUGCCAAGUCCGCCCUCAAGGAAGCCCAGCGCACGAUCGACAAGGCUCUCGACAUAGAAGAGAAUGAGGAGAAUAUUCUACCACCGUCAACUCUGCCUGUCUCCCCUCCCGCCCCGCCCUCUAAAGGACUCCAAGAAAAGCUGAAGGAUGAGUCGGAGAGCUUCUUUGCCUCAUUUGGUCUGGACAAAAAAAAGUCCCCUCUCACACCUGCUAAUUCACCCAUCGACUCAUCAUCAACAGCAGCAGCAGCAGCAGCAGCAGCAGCCUCGACCGCAAAAGAUGGCGGGAAAGCUGCGGCGGCAAACAUGGUGGGCAGCCUGUGGGGGUCUUUCACGGGGUCCUUCUUCGAGAACACCGACGGGAGCAAACAGUCGCCGCGCCGCGAGGGAGCAGCACAAGGGAGCCCUGAGAAGUCUAUCGUGGCCACCCAGCCCCCUCGCAGCAGCACCAGCCUCCCCACCCUACAGUUGGCCGGCAGCCCCGUGUCCACCCAGCCCCGCACCGCCAGCCUGGACGAAUGCCCCUCACAGCCCAAGGUAUUAAGGUUAGAGACGAAGCACGAGGGAAGCGAAGGAGCGGUGGAGACAAGUAGUGCUGGCGAUGGUAGUGGUGGUGGCAGCGGAGGGGGUGAGGGAGGCACAGGAGGGGUGGAGGGGGAGUGGGGCUGGGGUUGGGAGAGCGGCCUCAUGGUCAUGUCCUCGGAUCACCCACACCACUUGGAAGGCGCCUUCACUGGUGGGUCAGGAGAGCUGGAGGGGCGAGAGGACAGCCUAGUGGACGACACCAUUGACGAGGAAGGCUUCGCCAAGAGCCGACUGGUGGUGGGCAGCGUGGAGAGCGACAUGGGCGGCUUCUUGCGGCAGGAGAGUCAGGGCUCCCUCUCUGGACGGUCCGUUGAUCUGGACGUCCCGGUGGCAAUCUCUGAGGACAUAUUCCACGAGGAGCAUGACCGAGAGACACGCCUUGAAGUAGUCAGUGGUCAGGAGAGCGAGUGCCUAGGCCAGCAGGAGGCAGACAGUCCGAGGAGUGUGUUAAGCGUGGCCGAAUCCUGUGAUAGGAGAACUAGUGUGUCGUGUGCAAACUCCGAGGCUCACACCCCAGACAGUAUAGUGGUGCUCACGUCGGAAAGCAACUCCCCCGAUGAAGCCGUGUGCAGCACCUCAGUGACAGCGGAGAAGAUGAAGCACAUGGUCACGUGUGGGCCCCUGAAGCCUAGUCCCAUCAGCUCCCCAGACUCCAUUGAGGUCCUCGGUUCCUCCAGCCUUCUGACGUCACCUUCAUCCAUUGAGGUGUUGACCGAUGCCUCCUCGAGUGACUCCUCCCCCUCACACCUGGACUCCUGCAACAACACCCUCGUUCAGGACCUCAGCCCCACCGCCAACAUCAUCCACACACAGCCGACGCUACACAGAAUCUCCGGCAGCGACGUACACACACUACAGCCAUCCAUAGACCAACACACGCCCCAGCACAAACCAACACCUCUACCAGAGCACCCUAACACCACGCCACCAGAUGCAGCUGUUAUGAAGCCUCCCAUUCCGAAAGACACAGAGACCACUUUGCCCACUAACACCACAGAGAAGCCAGACUCACACCCCACUAAGCAGGAGGUUGAUGUUACUGAUGUGAGAGUUACAGAAAGCUCCAGUACUGUCAAGGAUGUGAACACACCCUCCAAGAUAUCACUGAGUACCCAUAAGUCAUCAGAGGGGACUAGUUCAUCUCAAGGUGCUGUUUCCGCUCUCAUGGACUGUGCUCUUCCGAAGGUCCCCAGGCAGGCAACCAUGCAAGAUUCCGAGACGAGUAACACCACCCAACCCAGCCAUAUAGAUGCCCAGCCUACCGCCACCCCCACCACCAUCACCGCCACCUCCAGCACAGAGGAACAUUCAGUAGAGGAAGCGGAUGUCAGCAUGCCAUCCACCACUGCCCUGGAUGUGUCAGUGGAGAGUGGAGGGAGCUCGGACACCAUCACCGCCUCGAUAGACUCCACGCAGACGAGCUGGAGUGUGUCACGGGCAGGAGAACCAGAGGUGCCAGAGGAACCCCCCAUGGAACCCCCUGGGGAGUGUGACAUGCAGGAGAGCAGCACCAGUGGCUCGGGCGGCUCAGUGGUGCGCAGCCUGCUGGAGGAGGCCAUGGGGGAUGAGGAGGCUGUCAGCGGGGCAUCCUCCUCCCCUCCUGAGAGAGAACACUCGCCCUCCUCCUCGGAAAGGUCCGAGGCGCUCAAGGUUGGCUCUGGACACACCUCCGGCCACAGUUCAGGGGAUGAGGUCGAAACCACCACCUCCUCUGACAUUGAGGUCAUCUCCAGUCCCAGUCUUGACGGCAGCGUGGCGGCGUCCAGAGGCUCCACAGCGACCUCGCGGGUGUGGGGCACAACUCAGCGCGGCCUGCGGACCUUCAUCAAUGACCGCUCCGAGUCGUCUGCCUCGGACUCAUCCAGCAACCACAAAAAGAUGGGCGGUGAAAAAGUGGAGACGGUAUCCUCCUCCAUGACCACCAGCUUUACCAGUAUUAGUGAGUCUGAGGGGGAGUUUAGUUUGGGCCCCGCCAGCAUGACCCUUGACCCCGCCUGCAUCAGCCAAGUCCUGCAGGGCCAGUCCGAUUUUAUGAAAGGCCAUCGCAGGAACCAGUCCAAUUUCUCCGAGACAAGUGAAAGUUCUUCUGAAAACCAUUCCUCAGAGAUGGACAAACUAAUUAAGAAAAUAGCCCAGCUGACGGAGGUUCUGGAGGCGAGGGAGAGCAAGGUGCUGGAGCUGAGCCAGGUCAACGCUGCUCUCCAGGACACCAACUUGCGGCUCAAGACGCGUGUGGAGGACCUUGAGGGUGGCAGUGGCAUGGAGGCAACAGAGUCCCUGCGAGAGGAGUUCACACAGCGCCUCGUGACCAUGGAGAGGAAGUUCCAGCAGGCUUUGAGGGAGAAGGAGAACACCAAGAAGCUGCUGGAGGAAGCAAGAGCGGAGGCAGCAACCAGACUGAGCUCGGCGGACGUAGCGAGGGACCAGGAGGAGAGGGACACUGUGAUCCGGGAGCUGAGGGAGGAAGGGGAGAAGCUCAGCAAACAGCAGCUCAACUAUUCCAACAUCAUCAAGAAGCUGCGUGCCAAGGAGAAGGAGAAUGAGAGCACCAUCAAGACUCAGAAAGACAAACUAGAGGAGCAGUCCAGGGAGCUGGAGAGGCUAAGGAGGCAGCUGUCGGCCAAGGAGGAGGUGGAGCGGCGGCAGAUCGAUGCCGUGUGUCAGCUGAACGCCACCAACCAGCGGCUGGAGCAGACCAUGAAGGACGUUGGGGCUGAAAACGCCGAGCUGGAGGGGAAGAUGUCGGUGCUAAAGAGUGCACUGGAAACUGCCUAUAAGGAGAUGGCGGAGCUGAAGAGGGAGGUGGCCACACGUGAUGCGCAGGCCCAGGAACAGGCGCUGAGUGCAGAGGUGGGUGUGCAGAAGCGACUGGAGGCCACGCUAGCGGAGGCGCAGGAUCAGGCGAGGCGCGAGCGGAGUGCCCUCAUGGCCCAGGUGGUGGAGCUGCAGGAGACACUCAGCCAGUCAGAGUCUCAGGCCAACAGGAAGGAACGUCAGCUGCGUGCCGACAUUUCCGAGUUGCAGCAGCGGGUGGCGGAAGCCGAGGCACGGGCCGAGGAGCUGUCAGGGUCCGUGAGUGCUGCCACACGUCCGCUGCUGCGCCAGAUGGAGAACCUUCAGGCUACCCACUCCUCGCAGCAAGCCUCGUGGGAGUCCCUUGAGCUGAGCCUCACGCAGCGCCUUAAUGAAACACUGUCAGCCGCCGCUGCGAGUGCCGAGAAGGAGAGAGCCACCAGGGAGCAGUACGCUGAGGUGGCGGCCAAUGCUGCGGCUCUGCAAACACAGGUAACGAAUCUGCGAACCGAGAAUGCGAGACUUUCUUCGGAACUGAACAUCAUCACAUCUAAGCUGGAGGCCUUGUCAGAAUCACGUAUCAAAGAAAGCAUCCAGAUUGAGGCUUUGAAAACGUCAUUUGCGGAAGAAAUCUCGGAAGUGAAGAGAGAACGCGACAGUCUGGAGCAGCAGCUGGAGAUGGAAAAGACAGCGGUGACAGCCGAGAAGAAAAAGACGCUAGCCUUGCAGGACCAGCUCAAGGACAGGGAACGCAAGCUGGCCCAGAUGGCAGUCCAGGGAGCUGCCGAGAGUCAUGCCAGCACCCCCAGGUCCUCCCCGACUCCUUCCCUCUCCAGGCUCUCCAUCAGCGGGUCCAUGUCAGAGUCCUUCAGCGGAUCUCAGUGGGGGGAAGAAGUGUUCGAAUCUGGUUGGUCACGAGGAACGUCUCUGUACGACUCCAUGCGUACAAACUCUACAGCCACCGUGGAUGCUCUCACCUCACAGCUGCGGCAGAGGGAAGGGGAGGUGCACCAUCUACACAGUGAGAUCACCAGGCACGAGACGCAGAGGGAGUCAUUGGCGCAGGAGUUGGUGUCCAUUACUAGUCAAGUGGAGGAGCUUCAGGGGCAGGUUCGGGACUACCAGGCUCUGAAGGACCAGUACGCUGACAUGGAGCAGAAGUACAACGCCCUUCUCCAGAUGUACGGAGAGAAAGUGGAGGAGGUGGAGGAGCUCCGACUCGACCUGGCGGAUGUCAAGGAAAUGUACAAAGCUCAGAUUGACCAGCUUCUCAAGAAAUGAUUGAUCAGCUCCUUCAGUCAUGACAUAGGACGUAUAUGGGUGUGAGGUUAAAAAGGUAUAUUUAGGACAUGUUGGUGAGCUCAGACAGGACUCAAAGGUUGUUAAGAGAUGGAUGUGAACUCAAAAAGGUUCUGAAGAUGUGAAGGAAACAGUGGAGAAUACAAGCAGUUAUUCAAGAGUUCUAAAGAGAUGGAUGUAAACUCUAAAAGGUCCAAAAGGUAUGAAGGAAACAGUGGAGACUUCAAGCAGGUAUUUGGAGGUAUAAGAGAUGAAUUUGAGCGCAGAAACGUCCUGAAGAGUUCUAUAAAUAUAUCCAUGCCAUUUUUUCCUUUUCAAAUGGCAGGGUAUCUUUGCACCCCAUUGCUCAACGACAGGAUGGAUGACUUAGUGUUACUUGAGUGUGCUACCAACAGGCUGUGUGAGGAAGAGCACCUAAACUUGUGCGUGCCAUGAAACUUGCAUAAAUGUAACGGUUUGGGUUGUCCCGAAGCAAUGAAAACAGUGAUGUGUAUAUAUGUAUCGAAAUAAAGUUGUGCACAGUUGAAUUAUAUAUUUUCGUAUAGUCUGUGAAUUGAAUAUUUAUUUGUUUUAUAUGUACCUAUAUGUCAAGCCUUUUUUUUCCUCGUGGAUUUAUAUAAUGCUCCAGUGUUGAAUAUAUUUGUAAUUUUUCUAUAUAUAUAUAUUUGCACUGUAAUGUUUUUUAUUAUGUAAUGUUGAAUUCUUUGUUACACAGUUCAGGAUUAUUUUUCCUUUUUACAGCCUUGCUAGUUAUUGUGCAGCCACAGAUUUCUUUAUUUGAAGCCCAAAGAUAUAUUAACGAUGUAAACAUAUAUAUAAAGGCUUUAUAAUGAU